CAGUAACUCCUCAAUUUUUACAAAGUCGGUUCAAAAUCAUGUCACGUAACAACGAGGUGCACUAUUUAAAAACAAACGAGGACGUGACAGUGGAGGAUGUUUUCGGGGCGGCGCGGCGCGUGCUGACGGCGGUGGGGCUGCACCCGGGCGUGGCGUUCGCGGGGCGGCGGCGGCAGUACCGGCGGGCAGCGCGCGGGGCCCCGCUGCUGGCCGCGCCGCUCGCCCUCGCGCUGCUGCUCGCCCUGGCCGCGCUGCGCGUGCGCGCCGCCCUGCGCGCCGCCGACGCCGACGACCGGCUCUCCGGCAUGAACUACAUCCUCGAGCUCUGCUUCGGCAUGCUGCUCAACCUCCUCAUCUACGCCUCCGCCUUCAUCCACGCGAACAGGCACGUGCGCGUGCUCAACACCGUGUCCGCCGCCUGGACCGAACUGCCAUUCGUACCGAACAGCCAGAUCACUAGAGACAUACGCUACAACAUCAAAAGGCGCGGAUUCCUCGGGCUCGCAGCAGUCACGGCAGCGCACAUCCUGCUGAUCAGCACGGAAGCGGCGUCGCAGGACACCGUCAUCGUCAACACCUUGUCCAUAUUCGGGGUCUUCAUCCAGUACCUGAUGAUAGUGCACUUCUACUGUCUGAUCCAGCUGGCUAUAUCAAUCCUGCAGAACAUCACAGAGAACGCGGCGCAUUUUAUGAAUCAGAAGAAAAAUGUGCUGGGAAAUAAUGAUUGUUGGAGUGCGGAUUGGGAGGGCAAGUCUGGGACGACGCUGUCCCGGCUGAAGGUGAACUACAGCAAGGCGUACGUGGCGGUGGCGGAGGUGAACGCCUGCUUCCAGCUGCCGGCGCUGGCGUCCACGGUGCAGGCGUUCCACGCGAUGGUGGGCGAGGCGCACGCGCUGUACCACGGCGUAGUCGUCGACCACGACGUCGGACCACAGAAGGCCGUCAUUAUAUUCUGUACUGUGCUGUCUCAGGUCUUCAAAAUUUAUUUACUUGGUCACAUAGGCAGUAUUUUGAAAGAUGAGGCGUCUAAAAUUGGACCAGCUCUUCAUGAUAUACCAACAGAUAAACAAGACCUUCGUUUGAUGCUAGAGAUACAACACUUUUCAAAUCAAAUACAAUUUGAAGAAAUAGAGCUGACAGUGUAUGGCUAUUUUCUUAAUUUUGAAGAGAUGGAGCUGACAGUGUAUUUCUAUUUUCCUCUUGAUGCUACUUUAUUGUAUAAUAUCAUGACAGCUGCAAUGAUGUAUUUGAUUAUAUUGGUACAAUUUGGUACCGAUCCAAUAAGAAAACACAAACUUCAAGAAUAGAUAAGAAGAAUCAAGAAUAAGUACAACGAAUAUACCAUGACAAUAUAAAAUUAUUAAAUAGGUACUUAACACGUUCACGGACAAUCCGUCGAGGGCUGUAAUUAAGUAUCCUUGUAAUAUGACUACGCGCCUGUGGCCGUCCAACUUCUAUUGAUUGAAACGGACGAACCGUCAACAGCCGUAUCAUUUCCGUAUUCUUAACAGGAGAUGCAUGAUUUAGUGUCGUAUUGUGCUAAUUCAUUUGUUUAUAGGUGUCAUAACAAAGAAAUUGUCGGGGUUUCUUUUGCACACACAUAAGUGAACUUUAUAGUGACAUACCGCCUGUCGCCGUAACCGUUAAAAAUAAAAAUAACCUUCCAGAAGUUUAGUGUCACGGCGCGCGCGUCGCGGAAAUGUUGUGUAAAACGGGUGGUAGUCUGGUAAUUUUUGUGGCAAAUUACGAGGUAAAUUAAUAAUAAAUCGAUAAAUAUUAUACUGUUUUGCAUAUAGGAUACCUACCUAUUCGAUUCAAAUACUAUAAUUACCUAAAUGGAACAAAGAAAAGCGAAGAUAUAACUGUAGUGAGGAACUAGAAAAUUUUAGCUUUUGUCGAUGAACCCCUUUGUUUAAUCUUACUAUAUCAGCUUUAUUUAUUGUAAAUAGCAUGCUAAAAGUGGAACUUUGUAUCUGAAAAACGUCCAAACCUAUUUGAAAAUGAAACGGUCCUUGAAAAAAACUGGCGGCUGCCGCCUGUAGCCGUAGAUGUCACUAUACGCAUUGUUGGAUAUGCAUGAUGUGGCGGACCGCUUGUAGACGAUACCGUCUAUGGCCGUAACUGUCACAUUACGUAAAUAAAAUAUGUUGAGAUACGGCAAUACGUUUCAAGGCGGAACGAUAAAAUGUAUGGGAUUUUUAGGUGUCAUAUCAAAAUAUUUU